GAGCUAAAUUUCUAUUUAAUCUAGAUUUUUUAUUUUAGAUCUAGCCGUCUAGUCUAGUGAUAACUAAUAUGGUGUUUUAAUUUAAAUUUUGCAUACGAUUUUAGUGUGAUGAGAUUAUAAUAAAAAUCCUUAAAAUGGAUCUUCAAGAACUUACCAAGCUUUUGAAAACACUAUUAGCCCACAUUCUUGUUUCUAUUCCAGAGGAGAAGGAUCUAGUCUUAGAUGGAGAUUUAACAAAAUCUUUAGAUCGAGUUGCUGGACAUUCAUUUUUGAAGGAACAUGGGGUCAGCAAAAUAUAUAAGUUGGACCCAGAAAGAAAAUCUUUACCUGGAUGUGGGAAACGAUUGUAUCUUGUCCGGCCACGAAUGCUUACAAUGAAAUAUAUUGCUGAUCAUAUCAAUACAGAAAUAAGUGAAGGUCAUAAGAGGUCAUAUAAAAUUAUUUUUGUCCCACGAAAGAUUCAUGUUUGUGAGUCAAUAUUGGAGAGUGAAGGUGUACUUGGGCAUGUAACAUUUGACGAAUUUCCUUUAGAGUUGUUUCCCUUAGACACUGACUUGCUUUCUCUUGAAUUUCCAGAGUUUUUUACUUCAUUUUACCUGGAUAACGACACCACCUGGCUACACACCAUAUCAUCAUCUCUUGUAAAUCUUCAAAGACUUUUUGGCAAGAUUCCAAAUGUUUAUGCUAUUGGAAAAGGAUCUAGGAUGGUGUAUGAUUUAAUGCAGACAAUGUUUGAACCCCAUGUAGAACAUAAAGAUUCCAAAUUUCACAUAGGUCAACUCUUUAUUGUUGACAGAGAUAUUGACUAUGUGUCACCUCUUUGUUCUCCAAUGACCUAUGAAGCUUUAUUGGAUGAAACUUUUGGCAUUGAAUGCUCUAUGAUGAACUUUACCACUGAUAAAGAUAAGAAAGAGACUAUGCUGUUACUUACAAGUAAAGAUGAUAUUUACAGCCAAAUAAGAGACCGCCAUUUCUCUCAUGUGUUUGCCUAUCUCAGUGGAAAAGCCAAAGAGCUGCAGGCUUUGUACAGUAAGAAGGACAGUCUUGCAACUGUUGGAGACAUGAAGAAUUAUGUUGCCAAUGAGCUGCGUGUGCUGAAGCACCAACAGAAGAUUUUAGAACUACAUAUUAGUGCAUGUGAAACAGUAAUGAAAACAAAAGGAAAGUAUGAUUUUGAAGAGUUUAUCCGAACUGAACAAAAUUUGUUGGAAGGUUCAGACACAAGGUUAAGCAUGACUUACAUUGAAGAAUGUAUACACAAGCAGCUAUCCCUAAUACUUACGUUAAGACUCCUGUGUCUGUUGUCCCUUACGCAAGAAGGACUCAGCAUCAAGGACUACAAAUCAUUCAAAACUCAGUUUCUACAUAGCCAUGGCUUUGAACAUGCUGUGACAUUUUUCAACCUGAAAAAACUGGGUUUACUCACUGAACAAGAAACAGCACAAACAAAAUUUGCAGCUAGAAAAUCAAAUUUCAAAUUUUUUAACCGCAAAUUUGGCCUUGUUCCUAAAUUGACAGAGGAGAUGGACCUAAAAAAUCCAAGCGAUGUUUCUUACAUUUUUAGUGGGGCUUACACGCCUUUACCGUGUAAGAUUGUAGAGCAGAUUUUAACAAGAGAUACUUUAAUAGGGCUUGAAGAUGUUGGUAGAAUGUGUGGAGGAUUACAUUCUGACAUUAAAGUAAAACACAGGAGUUUAGGUAAAGGUGCUCCAGCUGUCACAAACCCAGCAAUGAAAGUUAUCCUUGUUUACUUUCUUGGUGGCUGCACAUUUAGUGAGAUUUGUGCACUUAGAUUUAUUGCAAAAUCUCUGGGUGUGAGAAUAAUUGUAGCCACAACAGCUAUUGUCACAGCCAACAGUCUUCUUGGAGCAUUAAUAGAAAAAUCUCCCAAAUAAUAUUUCUUGCUGUUACUAAGCAAUCAGUAUUUGAGUGUCAAUAGCUUUAGCCUUAACAUCAGAAAUGUGUAAUAAAACCCACUUCAAUUUAUGUAUCAAUUUAAUACUUUUACAUCAAACUCAAUAUAUUAUUAAAACAUGAGAAAUGUUAAAAGUAUCUUUAUAUUACACCAACGCACAUAAAAGAAUAGCUUUUGUAGCAAAUGGUAUGUGUCAUAAUAAGCAAAAAUAAUUUUGUUAAAUAUAUGUUUAGUAUCCUCAAAGAUCUUUAUUUUUUUUUUAUGUUUUAUAAAUAGAAUAAAUGAAAAUGUUAAGUUUACUACUAGAUCAUUCACAAAUCAAGUCUGAGUAAAACAUGUGUUCAGUAACUUACCUACAUAAGACAAGUCAACAAUACAUGUUUGAAAUAAUAUGUAAGCAUAGUUAAAUAAAAAAUACUCUUUGGUUUUGUUGUUCUUGACAUUUUCAAAUUUUUCAGGAAAAUCAAAAUGUGGCCAAAGAUAUGUAGAUACCUAGUCUCCAUCUUAUAAAUCAUUUUUGUUUCUGCUUAAUUUGGAAGCUUAUAUCUAGUUACUCUUUACAUUAGACAAAAGAAAAAGCUGUGUAUUUUCAUCUUACUUUCAAAGAUUAAUUUUAUCUUUUUUGUUUAUUUUGUUUGAUCUGAAUAACAAUACAUCAGGGGAAAAAACUAAAUUGUCCGAUGACUUUUAACUUAAUUGAUUAUAAAAUUGAUUACAACAAUAUUCUUUUAUAGUUUUUAAUACACGUAAAAUGUUUUGUACUCUAUUACUUUCUUAUGCCUUAAUGUUUAUGAUAUCUCCCCAUAUUUUAGAUUUUACUUCAUCAAAUUUUAUAUUCAUAAUUUCAUGUGCAAUAAAAGUUGCUUUAUUCAUACAUCCGUUAUUUGUCAUAUCCUAAUUUAGCUUACUUUGCAAAUAUUUGUAAUAUUCUGAAAUGUUUUUUCUCUGUGUUUGAAAAUUUGCAUUUGUUGAUUCUGUAAGUGUAAGACUGUAAUAUAUAAUACAAACAUGAAUAAAUCAAAUUAACCUCUUCUUUUAUAUAAUGCUUAAGUUAAGUUAUUUCAUUUUUUUUAGAUUAAACUAAUUUAAAAACACAUUCCAAUAAUUUUGUAACUUACGCAAGAUUUACUUUUGGGCACAUGGAUAUUUUAAUCCUCAUUUUCAAAAACAAAUAUAAACUGUUCUGAGAAUACAUUAAACUUUUCUUCAGACUAAGAAAUGUGAUGUUAAAAUUCUGAAAUAGGUUUUUUACUAUGUAUUUUUAAAAUGUUUACACUUGUUAAAGCUUUGACAUGCCCCACCAAAAUAAAUGUAUACAUUUAUUUUAAAAAUGUUUGAAAAUCCAAUAAAAUCAAUUUACCUGUUAUUAAUCCCAGUGAUUAAAAUGCAAUUGAACAUUAAUGAUCUUUGUUUUUAAUUUUAAUACUAACUUACUCAUUCAUCAGAAAAUUAUUU